ACCAGCAGCUCGUGCAGUCAGUCCGCCGCCUCCACCGCGCUGCUCGACCCGCCUCUCUCACGGACCCGGUCGGACUCGGGCACCGGGGGCUCCAGCCGCCUGUCUGCCGCGCCGCGUUGCCAUGUUCCCCCCGGCGGCGGGCGGUGAUUAGCCCCGCUCGGAUCGGCUCUCUCUCCCCGCCCGCGCCGCGCCGCGGAAGCCCCGGCAGCGCGAGCGACACACGGCCGCCGCCGCGAACAAGGCUCCUCUCCCCGGCUGAGCUCCGUCGCCACAGCCCCCCGCCGCCGGGAUGUCGGAGCGCGGAGGGCUCCCGCGGACCGGGGGCGUCCCCUCGCCGCACAUGCAGCCCUCCAAGCCGGUCAGCAUCACCUCCAACCGGCCGGUCCACAUGAACCUGUACGCCACCUGGGAGGUGGACCGCUCGUCGCCCAGCUGCGUGCCCAGGCUCUUCAACCUGACGCUGAAGAAGCUGAUCAUGCUGAAGGAGCUGGAUAAAGACCUCACCUCGGUGGUGAUCGCCGUCAAGCUGCAGGGCUCGAAGCGGAUCCUGCGCUCCAACGAGAUCCUGCUGUCCUCGGCCGGACUGACGGAGACCGACCUGCAGCUCACCUUCUCCCUGCAGUACCCACACUUCCUGAAGCGGGACGCCAACAAGCUCCAGAUCAUGCUGCAGCGCAGGAAGCGCUACAAGAACCGAACCAUCCUGGGCUACAAGACGCUGGCGCUGGGGCUCAUCAACAUGGCCGAGGUGAUGCAGCACCCCAGCGAAGGCGCCCAGGUCCUCGGCCUCCACAGCCAGCUGAAAGACGCCUCGCUGCCCGUCGCCGAGGUCCGAGUCUACUCGCUGUCCAGCCAGCCCAUCGACCACGAGGGGCCCAAGGCCAAGAUGUCCGAUCGCUCGCCGGACAUCGACAAUUACUCGGAGGAGGAGGAGGAGAGCUACUCGUCCGAGCAGGAGGGCAGCGACGACCCCAUCCACGGACAGUAUCUGUACGACGAAGACGAGGAAGUGAGGAAGAAGAAGCCGAGGCGCAAGCUUCCCUCCAACGCCGCCAUCACCAGGCAACCGAACAUCAAGCAGAAGUUCGUGGCCUUGCUGAAAAGGUUUAAAGUCACGGACGAGGUGGGCUUCGGCCUGGAGCACGUGUCCCGGGAGCAGAUCCAGGAGGUGGAGGAGGACCUGGACGAGCUCUACGACAGCCUGGAGAUGUACAACCCCAGCGACAGCGGGCCGGAGAUGGAGGAGACGGACAGCAUCCUCAGCACGCCCAAACCCAAGCUGAGGCCGUUCUUUGAAGGCAUGUCUCAGUCCAGCUCGCAGACGGAGAUCGGCAGCCUGAACAGUAAAGGCAGUCUGGGUCGGGACACGUUCAGCCCGCAGGGGGAGCCGCCGCCUCUGGAGAAGAUGAAGACGUCCCGCAGCCGCAACCUGGACGAGAUCCCGUCCGAGACCGACACGCUGGAGCUGACGGACCAGGAGCUGUUCGCGGAGGUGGGCCCCUGCAUCACCGUGUCGGUGGCGGAGAAACCCCGCACGCCCCUGAAGACCAGCAAGAGUGACGCCCAGCCCAUGCCGUCGCCACGGCUGGACGGCGGCCACACCCCGCGGCAGAAGCGCGGCGGCGGCACCCCCAUGAAGGAGCGGCAGCUGUCCAAGCCGCUGAGCGAGCGCACCAACAGCUCCGACUCGGAGAGAUCCCCGGAGCUGGGGCACGCCACACCGGUCCUGAGGAAAGCGGUGUACGACCAGCUGAACCAGAUCCUGCUGUCGGACUCGGCGCUGCCGGAGAGCCUGAUCCUGGUGAACGGCACCGACUGGCAGGGCCAGUACGUUGCGGAGCAGCUGCAGGUGCAGAGACACCCAGUGGUGUGCACGUGCUCGGCGGCGGAGAUCCAGGCCGUGCUGUCCGCCGUGCUCACGCGCAUCCAGAAGUUCUGCAACUGCAACUCGUCCAUGCCCAGAGCGGUGAAGGUGGCGGCGGUCGGCAGCCAGAGCUACCUGGGCGCCAUCCUGCAGUUCUUCGUCACGCAGCUCGCCAACAAGACGUCGGACUGGCUCAGCCACAUGCGCUUCCUGGUGGUGCCUCUGGGCUCUCAUCCCGUCGCCAAGCACCUGGGCGCCCUGGACAACCGCUACAGCUCGUCCUUCCUGGACGGCGCCUGGAGAGACGUGUUCAGCCGCAGCGAGCCGCCGCAGACAGACCAGCUGGACGUCGCCGGGCGGAUCUCUCAGUACAUCAGCGGGGCGACAGUCACGCACCAGCUGCCCAUCGCCGAGGCCAUGCUGACCUGCAAGCACCGCACGCGAGACGAAGACUCCUACCAGAAGUUCAUUCCCUUCAUCGGGGUGGUGAAGGUCGGCCUCAUCGAGUCUGGACCGUCGCCAACCGGAGACACAGAGGAGGGCGUGGCCGUCAGCCUGGCUGUUCCCUCCACCUCCCCCCCCUCCCACGGCUCCCCCACCGGGGUGAUCAAAGAGGCGGCCACGCCCCCCUCCUCGCCCUCCAUGGGCAGCGUCCUCACAGUGCAGGGGAGCCCCAGCAUGUCGCACGGCGUGGACGCCAUCGGCCUGCAGGUGGACUACUGGCUGGCGUCCCUGGCGGAGAAGCGGCGGGAGGGCGAGCGGCGCGACACGGGCUGCAAGAACACGCUGAAGAGCGCCUUCCGCUCGCUGCAGGUCAGCCGGCUGCCGGGCGGCGGCGGCGGCGGCAGCGGCGGCGACCCGCAGGCCCAGGUCAGCACCAUGGCCAUGACGGUGGUCACCAAGGAGAAGAACAAGAAAGUUCCCACCAUCUUCCUGGGGAAGAAGCCCAAAGAGAAGGACGUGGACUCCAAGAGCCAGGUGAUCGAGGGCAUCAGCCGCCUCAUCUGCUCCGCCAAGCAGCAGCAGACCAUCCUGAAGGUGUCCAUCGACGGCGUGGAGUGGAACGACGUCAAGUUCUUCCAGCUGGCGGCGCAGUGGCCCACGCACGUCAAGUACCUGCCGGUCGGGCUCUUCGGCUACAGCAAGCCGCCGCCCUCCUAGGACCGCCCCCCCCUCGACCGACCUGGCUCCGCCCCCUCCCCCGCCCGACUUGACUCUUGACCUUUGAGGAGGAGGAGGAGCGGCGGCGGCGCCGUUACCAGUCACUUUAACGCCCCCUUCUGUGUGCGAGGCAGGCGUGCAUGCACAUGUGAAUGUACAGUGAGUGUGUGUGUGUGUGUGUGUGUGUGUGUGUGAGAGAGAGAGAGAGAGAGUGUGUGUAGGGGGGGUGUAAAAAAAAGAAACAAACAAGGGGGAGGGGUUUACAGCACAAGUUUAUCCGCUAACUGCCAUUUAUGUUUCCGUUCUAUGGAAUGCAGCAGCAUGCAACGACUCGCACACACACACGCACACACACACACAUACACACGGACACACACUCGCAGGUUGCAUGCUCCCGACCGUCACUCUCGUGCCGCAGCAGCUCCGAAUGAAAAUGCAAUCCUCGUUUGCAUGAGCCGGAAAGAAAAACGAGAGGAAAAAAGACAACAAAAACAAAAACAAAACCAAGCGAAGACCCGUCUCUACUCUUUCAUUUCAAGGGCUUCCGGAUCACAGAACUCCUCAUUUCCACCGUCCCACGAGACACGGACGACAAUAAAAUCCAUAAGAUAACAACAACAACAACAAAAAAGACAAGCAUUUGUAAAGGGGAAGUGUGUUUUCUUUUAAUCGUGCUCUAGUUAAAAAAAAAAAACAAAAGGUGAAACUUCCCUUUAAAGGUGUUUUGUGAAGCGUGGUGUAACGUCGUCGUGAACUGAUGUGACAUUUCAGGGCCGGAGCUGCUUCUUCUUCUUCUUCUUCUUCUUCUUCUUCUUCUUCUUCUUUUUCUUUUCUAUUUUUUGUUGCUAUGCACUUACAGAAACACCCGGAACAGUUCGGAUGACGUUGCAAAAUCCAGAAUAAAUAAGUAAAUAAAUAAAUAAAUAUGCAACGGGGGGAAAAUAUGUAAAACACAGUGAAGCACAACGACGGCGCCGGCGGAUCAGAAACCGGCGUCUUUACUUGGUUUGAAGAAGAGAAUUCAAGUUUCCGCCGCACGCUUGCUGUAGGGUGUCGUCAGGUGAUUAGUGAGUGUACAGUAAAGUGUGUGUGUGUGUGCGUGUGUGUGUGUGGUGAAAUCAAUGUGCCGUGUUCAGACACCUUUCGAAUAAUAUUUCACUUCAAGAGGAGAAACACUUUUUCUACCGUGUGUGUGUGUGUGUGUGUGUGUGUGUGUGUGUUCACUUUGUCGCCUGGCACUAGGCAAAUUCAGAGUUCCUCCGUCGUAACGUUUUCCCACAAAGUAUUGCGAUCCGUGUGUUACAGCCAGUCUGAAGUCGCUUGAAUCGUUCUCUCCUUGUUGUUACAGUGUUACCGUGGCGACGUCAGCCGGUUUCAAUCCGUCCCAACUACGUGAAUGUAUUCAACCGCGUUUACAUGUCCUCGAACCGCUGGUUUAGCUGGAGGAAGUCUGAGGAGCUCUGGAGGUUUUUAUCCACUGCACCAAAGCACCGAUCGGACUCAGACGUGUUUUAUGCACUAGUUGACGAAAGCUCAGUGACCUACGACCUCCACCGCGUCAGAGCUCCUCUGUAUCGACUCUCUGGAAAUCAGAGAGAAGUUUUCAUUCAAUUAUCUUUUUCAGAUCGGAUGAAAAGGUUAAAGAAAAGUGUUGGGAUUCAUUAAAAAGAAAAAAAUAGCUGACAUUUUUGAAAGAUUGAAGCAAGAAGAGGUCAAACGGUGAAACACGAGUUUAAAAAAGGUCAAAAUACAACAAAACAAGCAGGAUCAGUUAAUAAAAUAGAAGUUACAACUGCUACAAACCGGAAACAGGAAGAUUAGUUCUGAAGUGUCGUCACAAAAUGUCGUGAUUGUACAUUUAGAUAAGCGACGUAGCUGAAGACGAUGUGUGAUUUUUGUUUUGUUUUUUUUUAAUGAUUAAAUGUGUGUUUGUGACAAAAGUCUGCAGACCGCUGAGAGACUGCCUGAUCGAAGCUUCAGAGCCACAGAUGAAAAAAUCAAAUCGCUCAAGAAGAUGAAAUUAAUGUUCGAUAAAAACCCCUGUAUUCCUGAAGAUAACUGUUGAAUUAUUGAGCCGCUUCCCUUUUCUGAGGCACGGACACAUUAACUCCAAAGCAAAUCCUGGAGCUUCAAGGUCACGGUUUCUCCUCCCAAGGUCGUUCUCGUCUUGAACUCUUUGUCUUUUUUACCUGUGUCUGUGUUUGUGUCGACGGAGUCGUCUGUGAAAACAUGAGGAGGGCUCCCACCAGCUCGCCGUCUCGUCCCCACACACACACACACACACACACACACACACACACACACACACACACACACAGCUUGUAAACCGAUUCGGCGGCGGCGGGAAACGGGGAAGCUGCAGAGUCCUGCCUGAGCUGGGAGGAGCUCGUGGAGAGUCAUUUUGCACACGCCAUCGUUUUCUUCUUCAGCUUUUUUCGCCUUUUGCCUAUAACAAUAAUUCUAAUAAACUAUGACGCUUGUACAUAUCAGAAUAGUACUUGUUAUAUUGUAUUCUAGUUAUUUUUCUGUUUGUUUUUUAUUAAUUUGACAUGUUUUUGUAGUACUGCUUUUUCAUGAUUUGUCGAAUCAAACAGAUGUGGGAUGAAAAGUGGAAGUGUUCAUUGUUUCAUUUGUUUUUUAAAAUAAAGAUAUUCUUGAUUUGUA